AUGGCAACGGUGGAAGUGAAGCCACUAUCGGGCGAAACGACAAAAGAAGUGAUCGUUGACGUGAAAUCUGUCAUUCUUAGCGAAAUGUCAAAGGAAAUCGAAAACCAUGCCAAAUCCGUCGAUGGUGAUGAAAAAGAGGCCGAGUUGGGAAUGGGGCAAUAUCCGUGCACAGCCGAUGACCAUUUUGAGAUUCGUUUGAUUGAUGCCGUCGAGAAGAACCCCUGUAUAUUCAACAGGUGCCAUCCACUUCAUAAAAUGUCCGACUACAAAAGUCAUGUGUGGAACCAAGUGGCGCAGCAGUUGUCCUUUUCAGGCCCUGGAGUGGAGCUGGAGCGCAAAUGGCGUCAUAUGCGGGAUCGUUAUGUACGCCUUCGAAAGAUCGACAAGACCAGCGCUCCGCUCAAAAAAGGCGAUAAAUGGUACUACUAUUACAAGAAAAUGUCAUUUUUGGACCCCUACAUAGAGCAUCGGAACAGACGAAAGCGAGGCGAUCUUAUGACGAGUCUUAUGAAACUUGGAGGCAAC